CGAUGACGAGACAUCUCUCUCUCAAUUCAAAAAUACUGGAAAAGGUGCGCUCCGGGAAAAGAAAAUAUAAAACGUAACAGAAGUAGCCGUUACAUCUUCUCUUCGACCAUAUCAAAAUUCUGAAACAACGCACGCCUACCUGCUUCUCUCUCUCUCUCUCUCUCUACUGAGGAUCUCUUGCUAUUCCGAGCCAGCGGUUUGUAUUCUUUGCUGUACAUUACUAUUUCGGUGUCACUACCACCGUAUUCUUGAUUCUCAAGCCCCGUUCAAGAACUCACGCUGCUCUUUCUGUUCUUGAGGAACUGGAACUUUACUAAUCUGGAUGCAAGGGAAUCGGUACUGAAGAACAAUGGUUGGGACCCCGGCCACGCCAGCAUCUAAGAUACAGAGGACCCCUUCCUCAACUCCAGGUGGCUCAAAGGUUCGUGAGGAGAAGAUUUUAGUGACAGUUCGGAUUAGGCCUUUGAGCCGGAAGGAACAAGCAUUGUAUGAUCUUAUCGCUUGGGAUUGCCCGGAUGAUCACACAAUAGUCUUCAAGAAUCCAAAUCAUGAGCGGCCAGCAACAGCAUACACUUUUGAUCAAGUUUUUGAUCCUACUUGCUCAACUCAAAGGGUUUAUGAAGAAGGGGCUAAGAAUGUUGCUCUCUCUGCUCUUAUGGGAAUUAAUGCAACGAUCUUUGUAUAUGGGCAAACUAGUAGUGGUAAGACGUUUACCAUGAGAGGAAUCACAGAAAAUGCUGUCAAGGACAUCUAUGAGCACAUAAAAAAUACUCAAGAGAGGGAGUUUAUCCUAAAAAUAUCAGCCUUGGAGAUAUACAAUGAAACUGUUAUAGACCUUUUGAAUCGUGAAUCUGGUCCCCUUAGGCUUUUGGAUGAUCCUGAGAAAGGAACCAUUGUGGAAAAGCUAGUUGAAGAAACUAUUAAGGAUAGCCAACAUUUAAGGCACUUGAUUGGAAUUUGUGAAGCUCAAAGGCAAGUAGGAGAAACUGCUUUGAAUGAUAAAAGCUCAAGAUCGCAUCAGAUAAUACGACUGACCAUUGAGAGCACUCUCCGGGAAAAUUCAGGACGGGUGAAGUCCUUUCUAGCUAGUUUGAAUCUUGUGGACCUUGCUGGAAGUGAACGCGCCUCUCAAACAAAUGCAGGUGGUACAAGAUUGAAGGAAGGCAGUCACAUUAACCGCAGCUUGUUGACACUCACAACAGUGAUUAGAAAGCUGAGUGGUGGAAAGAGGAGCGGUCACAUACCAUACAGAGACUCAAAACUCACACGGAUAUUGCAGCAUUCACUUGGGGGUAAUGCUCGAACUGCAAUUAUAUGUACCAUGAGUCCAGCUUUAAGUCAUGUGGAGCAAACAAAGAAUACCCUUUCAUUUGCAACUAGUGCAAAGGAGGUUACCAACAAUGCUCAAGUAAACAUGGUUGUUUCAGAUAAGAAUUUAGUUAAGCAUUUGCAGAAAGAAGUGGCCAGACUUGAAGCUGAGCUACGAAGUCCAGAGCCUUCUGCUUCUUGUUUAAAAACGUUGUUGAUGGAAAAGAAUUUGAAAAUUGAGGAGAUGGAGAGGGAAAUGAAAGAGCUCAAAAGGCAGAGAGACAUUGCACAAUCCCAGCUUGAACAAGAAAGGAAAGCACACAAGGAGCAGAAGGUGCAAAGAAACCAGUGUGGGCCCUCUAGCCAAGUAGCCAGGUGUCUUUCUUUUCCUGUUGAGGAUGAACCAUGCAAAGACAAACAUACUCCGGAAACAAGACAAAGAAAUGUAGUUGGAAGACAGGCAAUGAUUAGACAGUCAACCACUUCUACAGAUCCAUCAAUGCUUGUUCACGAAAUACGUAAGCUUGAGCAGCUGCAGAGGCAACUAGGUGAGGAAGCAAAUCGAGCACUUGAAGUACUUCAUAAGGAGGUUGCUUCUCACAGAAUGGGAAGUCAAGCAACUACAGAAACCUUAGCGAAGAUGCUGUCCGAGAUUAAGGACAUGCAAGUAGUCAACUCUGUUCCUGAAGAGAUUGUGAUUGGGGACAAGGCCAAUCUGAAGGAAGAGAUCACUCGAUUAAACUCUCAAGAAAGCACCAUUGCAUCUUUAGAAAGGAAGCUUGACAAUGUUCAGAAAUCUAUAGACAUGAUAGUUUCCUCUUUUCCAAUUAAUGAGGAGACUCCAGAUUUCAAGUCCCAAUUGAAGAAGAAGAAAACCUUUCCUUUUGCAUUGAGCAACAGUUCAAACAUGCAAAAUAUCAUAAGGUCCCCAUGCUCACCUCUGUCCUCUUCUCGAGGAGUCGUGGAGAAUGACAUUGAGAACAGAGUUCCUGAGAAUAGUAAUCUAUUGUUUAGUGACAAUAGAUUGCCUAAGCCAUCUGAGGUUACUCCCUUAAAGAGUAGUAAAAGUGACUGCUGUGCCUCAUCAAGAGAGGGAACUCCAACGUUGCGGUCAAAUUCAGUUAAUGUGAAGAAAAUGCAGAGAAUGUUCAAGAAUGCUGCUGAAGAUAAUAUACAAAGCAUUAGAGCUUAUGUUACUGAGUUAAAAGAAAGGGUAGCAAAGCUACAAUAUCAAAAGCAGCUUCUGGUUUGCCAGGUGUUGGAGCUAGAGGCAAAUGAGGCUGCAACUGUUGAGGCUGAUGCUACUGAACAGUCCCCCGUGGCCUGGCACUUGCUCUUUGAGGAUCAAAGAAAGCAAAUUGUGAUGCUGUGGCAUUUAUGCCAUGUUUCAAUUAUACACAGAACACAAUUUUAUCUGUUAUUUAAAGGUGAUCCUUCCGAUCAGAUAUAUAUGGAAGUUGAGCUUAGACGAUUGUCAUGGCUGGAGCAGCAUUUGUCAGAACUUGGCAAUGCAAGCCCAGCACUGUUAGGCGAUGAACCUGCAGGUUCAGUGUCAUCAAGCAUCAAAGCUCUUAAACAAGAAAGGGAAUAUCUAGCAAAGAGGGUGAGUUCAAAGCUAACAGCAGAGGAAAGAGAAAUGCUUUAUGCAAAAUGGGAAAUCCCACCAGUGGGAAAACAAAGGAGGCUACAACUGGUGAACAAGUUAUGGACUGACCCUCUUAACAUGAAACACGUAGAAGAGAGUGCUCAAAUUGUUGCUAAGCUUGUGGGCUUUUGCGAAACUGGUGAACAUUUUAGCAGGGAGAUGUUUGAGCUGAACUUUGUAAACCCUUGUGAUAAGAAGACAUGGAUGGGCUGGAAUUUGAUAUCGAACCUUCUACAUUUGUAGCUAAAAAUCAAUUUUAGAGUUCAUUCUUUGUAUUAAUA